CACCACUACAACAUUGCCUCUUCAUGUAAACAUGAUUCAAAACGUAGUUGGCAGCAGCAAUAUUGAACAAGAACCUCUCCUACUGUACAGCUACAAUAGAAGCUUCAAUGGCUUUGCUGCGAAGCUAACAGAGGAAGAAGCUCAGAAAAUGGCUGGAAUGGCUGGUGUGGUGUCUGUUUUCCCUAGUGGGAAGCAGAAGCUCCACACAACAAGGUCAUGGAAUUUCAUCGGGUUUCAAGAAAACGUGAAGAGAAGCACUGUUGAAAGCAAUAUCAUCGUUGGGAUGAUCGACUCUGGAGUUUGGCCGGAAUCUGCCAGCUUCAGUGAUGCUGGGUUCGGUCCACCACCCAAAAAAUGGAAAGGCACAUGCCAAGGCUCAUCCAAUUUUACUUGCAACAAUGGUGGUAGACCUUUCGUCGAAGGUGACAUCAAAUCUCCACGAGACUCGGAUGGCCAUGGAACCCACACUGCAUCAACGGAGGCAGGAAACUCAGUUAGCAAAGCAAGCCUAUUUGGUUUGGGGUCCGGGACAGCAAGAGGAGGGGUCCCAUCAGCACAUAUUGCGGUGUACAAAGUAGGUUGGUCGGAUGGUAUUUGUGACGAUGAUAUUCUAGCGGCAUUUGAUGAUGCGAUUGCAGAUGGUGGCGACAUACUAUCUGUCUCCCUCGGACCGACUUCUCCGGACGAUUAUUUCAGGACAACAGUUACCAUUGGAGCCUUUCACGCUUUAAGAAAAGGAAUUUUGAGUUCCACUUCUGCUGGGAACGAAGGUCCAGACCUCAAGACCGUCACAGGCUUUGCGCCAUGGUGUCUUUCUGUGGCUGCAACCACCACAGAUCGGAAGUUUGUUACCAAGGUUCAAUUGGGUAACCAAAAAAUCUAUGAGGUACCAAAAAAUUUAAUAGAACCUAUAGCAAAUUAA